GUAUCAACGAAAAAGCGGCUCAGUGUUCUCUGAGAGUUAGUGUGCUGCCUCGCGAAAAGGGACGAACCUCAUUUUGGGGUAAAUUUUGAAAGGUGUGCAUGCGUGUUAUCGUCGAAUAAGAACGUGCCUGUCCAACAAAGAGUCGUGCAAAACUUGGGAACAAAUUGUCAAUAAGGAAAUGACACUGGGUGCACAAAUCGAGGCCUCCACAGAAAACGGGAGCAUGAAAAUCCCUCUACUGAACGGCAAUGAAGAUCAAACGACUACUGGUAUGAAGCAAGUCAUGGAGGAAACAGGAAGCAUAAGCACAACCAUGAAGACCAUUGUCGAGAAGGGUGAAGUCGAAGCCACAAAAGAGGAAGGAAGCGAGAAAGAAAAGGAAAAAGAAAAAAAUAAUGAUAAAAGUGAAAAGGAAGCAGAUAGCGACAAGGAUAAAGAUGGUGCAAAUGAGCAAGAAGUUGUUUUCAUUCAAGAUAUGGGAUUUACUGUUAAAAUUGUUAGUCCAGGAGCAGAGCCUUUCGAUAUUCAAGUAUCCAGUAUGGAGCUUGUACAGGAAAUUCAUCAAUUACUUAUGGAUCGCGAGGACACCUGUCACCGCACUUGUUUCUCUCUUCAACUCGAUGGUAAUACAUUGGAUAACUUUGCCGAGCUGAAGAACAUCGAGGGUUUGAAAGAAGGUUCGGUAAUUAAAGUCGUGGAGGAGCCGUACACGAUGCGGGAAGCCCGCAUACACGUUCGACACGUACGAGAUUUAUUGAAGAGCGUAGAUCCUGCAGACGCUUAUAAUGGUGUCGAAUGUAGCAGUUUAUCGUUCCUGAACGUUGUCACUAAUGGCGACAUCCUUGAGAAAAAGAAAAGCAGGGCAGAUUCGGUCGACUGUACGCCACCGGAUUAUAUUAUACCCGGAUGUAAAGAUAGGCCUUUGUUACCCCUACAACCGCAAGCCAAGGAACAGAAAUGUCCUCCAUGUUUGAAAGUUCUAACAACAUCUGGAUGGAAUCCUCCACCCGGCCACAGGAAGCUUCAUGGUGAUUUGCUAUAUUUACAUGUGGUAACCUUAGAGGACAAGCAAUAUUAUUUAACUGCAUGUGCUAGGGGUUUUUUCGUCAAUCAAUCGACGAAAGAAGUGUUCAAUCCGAAACCAGCAACUCCAAGUCAUCUAUGUCAUAGUUUAAUCGAACUACUGAAUCAGCUCAGUCCAGCAUUUAAACGAGGUUUUGCCGCUAUGCAAAGAAGGAGGACACAAAGGCAUCCUUUCGAAAGAGUCGCUACACCUUAUCAGCUUUACGCGUGGAGUGCGCCUCAGAUUGAACAUACGAUUGACGCGAUACGCGCCGAAGACACUUUCUCUUCCAAGUUGGGCUACGAAGAACACAUCCCCGGACAAACUCGGGAUUGGAACGAGGAAUUGCAAACAACGAGAGAGUUACCCCGUAAAAAUUUACCCGAAAGACUACUUAGAGAACGUGCUAUUUUUAAAGUUCACAGUGAUUUCGUCGCCGCUGCAACUCGAGGGGCAGUAGCUGUAAUAGAUGGUAACGUGAUGGCGAUAAAUCCAGGAGAAGAGGCGAAAAUGCAGAUGUUUAUUUGGAACAAUAUUUUCUUCUCACUUGGAUUCGACGUUAGGGACCAUUACAAAGAACUCGGCGGUGAUGCUGCCGCUUUUGUCGCGCCUCGUAACGAUUUACAAGGUGUCAGGGUUUACGCUGCAGUCGAUUUACCCGGUCUUUACACUCUUGGUACCGUUGUAAUCGACUAUAGAGGAUAUCGUGUCACCGCUCAGUCGAUCAUCCCAGGAAUCUUGGAGCGUGAGCAGGAGCAAUCUGUUGUUUAUGGUUCUAUAGAUUUCGGAAAAACGGUUCUAACGCAUCCUAAGUAUCUCGAACUUUUGAACAAAGCCGGCCAGCAAUUAAAGAUCCUUCCCCAUAAAGUUAUCAACGACGCUGGAGAAGAAAUCGAGCUUUGCAGCAGCGUAGAAUGCAAGGGUAUCAUUGGAAAUGAUUCUCGACAUUACGUGCUCGAUCUAUUACGGACUUUCCCUCCUGACGUCAAUUUCCUUAAAUUGGAAGGUGUCGAGCUGACCAAAGAAGCUAGGGCAUUAGGCUUUCCAAUUGAACACAAACAUAGAUUAGCUUGUCUUCGCCAGGAAUUAAUCGACUCCUUCGUUGAGGCUAGAUAUAUUCAAUUCAUUAAACACACCGCCCUUAAUUUGCAGCAAAUUACGUCUGUAAAAAUAGUGCAGAAAGAAAAAGAAACUACUGCUAAGGAAGAUAAAAAAGAAGAAACGAAUGCCAUCGCGAUGGAUAGCAACAAAGAAGAUUCUACUCAAUCCCUCAUCGAAGCAGACGAAGCAAAGAAAAUUGUAGAGAGCAUUACCGACUCUAUUACUGGUGGAGAGAAACAAGAAUUGGAGGAAAGUACGAAAGAAAUCGUUCGAAGAGCAGCGUCAGCGGUGGGUAGUUUACGAGAAGCUGAAUUCGAUGUCAGGUUUAAUCCAGAUGUAUUUUCACCGGGUGUGCGACAUCCAGAUUCAAACGGUCCUGCCUUGAAGAGACAAAAGCAAUUGGUCCAGGAUGCUGCUGACUUUUUAUUGACCGCACAGAUUCCUACAUUUAUUCGUGAAUGUUUGGAUCACACAGCUGCAGCAAUGGACGGCAGUACAUUAGUAGAAGCCUUGCACGGCAGAGGCAUCAAUGUACGGUACUUGGGUAAAUUAGCAGCUAUGCUGGCUGCGGUACCGCAAUUGCAAUAUCUCAACCGGAUUGCUGUUUCGGAACUUGUCUUACGCUCGGCAAAACACAUUUUUACAUUCUACAUGCAGGGCACAGAACUGAUGAGUCUUUCUGCUGCGAUUAGUCAUUUCUUGAAUUGCUUAUUGUCGUCUGCACAAAUCAUUCAUCCACAGCAAAAUUUAGAAGAGCUUCAGAGUAAAACCGCAAAGCGACGCAAUAAAAGAAAAGGAAGGAAUAAUGGUCCGCAACAGUCAGAGGUGGAGUGGGCAUCCUUAACGCCUAAAUCUCUGUGGCAACAAAUUAAAGCUGAUUUGAAAGGCUAUUAUGAUUGGGAAACACCGAGCCCAGAGUCACUAGACGCCACAAUAGACCACUUUAAUCUGCAAAAGAUCUCUUUGCUUCGUGGUUUUUGUAUAAAGACUGGAAUCCAAAUACUAUUGCGCGAAUACAACUUUGAGAAUAAGAACAGAGCUACAUUCUUCGAGGAAGAUAUACUCAAUAUAUUCCCUGUGGUGAAGCAUAUCAAUCCCAGAGCCAGCGAUGCAUAUAAUUUCUAUACAACGGGUCAAAGUAAAAUUCAGCAAGGUUACUUGAAGGACGGCUACGAAUUGAUCAGUGAAGCAUUAAAUCUUCUGAACAACGUAUACGGUGCAAUGCAUCCUGAAAUCGCACAGUGUCUCCGAAUGCUCGCGCGGCUAAAUUAUAUAAUGGGCGAUCACGGCGAAGCUCUUGCAACUCAACAAAAGGCGGUUCUUAUGUCAGAAAGAGUUAACGGGAUCGAUCAUCCAUACACUAUUACCGAAUACAUUCAUCUCGCGCUGUAUUCUUUUGCAAACGGUCAAGUUACCGUAUCGCUCAGGUUACUGUAUAGAGCACGUUACCUGGCCUUAUUAGUUUGCGGGGAAGAUCAUCCAGAAGUAGCACUCCUCGAUAGUAACAUUUCGUUGAUACUCCAUGCUGUUGGUGAAUACGAAUUGUCACUCCGCUUCUUGGAGCAUGCUUUGGCCCUAAAUCUUCGAUACCACGGUCCACGGUCGUUAAAGGUCGCCGUCUCUUAUCACCUUGUCGCGAGGACUCAAUCCUGCAUGGGUGAUUUUCGCGCAGCUUUAAACAACGAAAAAGAAACCUACGCUAUAUAUAAGCAACAGUUAGGCGAGGAUCACGAGAAAACCAAAGAAAGCAGUGACUGUCUUAGACACCUCACGCAACAAGCCGUUGUUCUGCAAAAGAAAAUGAACGAAAUAUACACGGGCAAAUCGGGUGUUAGUCUGCCGCCGAUUCAGGUGCAACCGCCCAGUAUGGGGUCUGUGCUGGACAUGCUGAACGUAAUCAAUGGUAUAUUGUUCGUUCAAAUCAGUCAGCAAGACAUCGAGAACUUUAAAGCGGAAAUAGAGAAACGGCAGAAGGAACAGACACCCGACGGUGACAUCAAGGCGAUCCAAAACGAGAACAAGAAAAAUGAAAUAGAGAACAAGAAGGACGAGAAGGAAAAUAAAAAAUUAGAGAAAAACAUCGAAGCGCAGCAAGUAGAGACGAAAAAGCUGGAAGAAAGCAAAACUACGUUAGAACCGGUGGUAGUCGCAGAGAGCUGAGCUCAUUUCAACACACCAACGAUGAUACUUAGUAGUUUUUGUUUCUCCGAGUCCUAGUCUCCUUACCCGCGUCCAAUUUUUUUAAAAGUAACGCGAGUAUGGCAUAUAUAAUUGAUUGGGAUUACAUGAAAAUAGCAGCGUUUGCUCGAUGAAACACCGUUAUUAUUCGGUGUAUUGUACACAUUUACAAAGUGCUAUUAGGUUUGAACUUUUAUUGUGCAACAAUAUCUCGGUGCUCGCGAUACUCGAUUUCACGCCAAACCAGAGAAUUUCUUUGACUGAUUUACGACUGUAUACAACAAAUACAAAACUGGUCUUCACUUGUGUAAAUAAUUCAACUGAAAAUGCAUUAUUGCGUUAGCGUACAUGAUAUGCUUGUGUCGCAAAGUUCACGAUUUGACUAGUUUACAGAUCUAAUGGAAUCACCAUGAACAUAAACCGCGUUUUUUCUAAAGACUUAAUAAAUCGUACUUCGUAAUGACAGAGGCUAUUGGUAUUAUACGGGCUCCACAUUUAUUAAUCAACAAAAU